AUGAGUCCCAAACGAGAAGAAGAGGAGUCAGAUUCAUUGACGGCUGUUGACUACAUCAAAACUCGCGAUAAAUUAGAGAAAGAGGCUAGAGAAUUAAUGCCUUUCGACCCGAGUGAAUGCACGUAUGGUAAAGGUGAACUAAGGCAACCAAUUUUUGCUUGUAUUACGUGUUCUGAUGAAAAUAAUGAGGAAAUUGGAGUCUGCUACUCGUGUUCCAUUCAGUGUCAUUCCUCACACGAACUCGUGGAGCUAUUUACGAAACGGAAUUUUGUCUGUGACUGUGGUACGACCAAGAUGUCAAAAACGAUUGAUGGCGGAUGCAAAUUGAGAUUGAAAAGAGAAGAGAAUGAGCGCAGACCAUCAAUACAAAAAACAGGGUACUCGAGUACUGCGUCAUCCAAGAGUCAUGAUAUAAAAAUGCCGGCAGAAGAUAUACCAUCACUGUCAAAUAUGUAUAACCAAAAUUUUCAUGGAUUAUUCUGUUCCUGUGAGAAACCAUACAAUCCUCUUGAAGAAACGGGGAACAUGAUCCAGUGUUACUUUGGUUUUACAUGUGGUGAAGACUGGUUUCACGAUGAAUGUAUUUUAGGAUACAAUCCAGGUACCAUACGCAAACAACAUGAAACCAAACAAAAUGAAACAGGGAAGAACUUUUUGCAUAAAUUAUCUCCUCCAGGAGAGGACGCGAAAGCAGAUAUAGAAGAUAAGCAAACGACCCAAAAGACUUAUUCUGUUCCUUACUUCCCAGAAUUAGAAGAUUUUGACCUGUUCGUUUGUUGGAAAUGCGUUAAAGAAUUCAGGCAUAUUUUCAAAGAGAUCGAAAACGAUAAGAAAAUCAUUCUCACGAAAUUACCCCAUUUCAACGAAGUCGAAUCCAUCUCAGACUGGAAAGAGAAGUUUGAGCAUUUAGUUGAACAAGAUGAAGAUGCACCAAAAACAAAGAGAAUCAAAAUCGAUCCAGAUCAUGAAGUUUUAUAUUCCGUAUUUUUACAGCCAGAUUUUAGAGACCGAUUACUUGAGCUCAAGAACACUCUUCCACAGGAUUCUAAACUUCAUGAGUUUUUAUGUAAUCAUGAUUAUUUAUAUCUAGAUGAUCCGAUCUAUGAAUGUCCUGAAGAUAAUGAUGGGGAGAAUUCGACAACUGGAUCAUUAUAUGACUUAGGAACUGACGCCCUUCUGUCCAUGCCUAGAGAUCAGGCUAUUGAAGGGCUUCAGGCGUAUGAAACGAUUAGCUCAAAAUUGAAAGAAUUCUUUAAACCAUUUGCUGAACAAGGAAAGGUGGUCACCGAAGAAGAAGUUAGAGAUUUCUUUAGUGAGAUACAGAAGAAAAAGGAUAAAUAA